UUGAAACAGACAAUAUGAAAUUCUCAAUGAUGCGAAUGAGAUUUUCUUUUUCACUCCAUUUUUUCAUCAAAUGUAAAUUAUACACGUGUUAGGAAGUCUGUGUUAAAUAUCAAAAUAAGCUUUUACAUCACAGACAUGGAAACCUAAACUCCAUUAUUAACUCAUUAUUUAAUAAGAGGAAUGUAAGGAUGUCACCUGUCACCACUUAGUUAGCUUUUAGGUGAUUUGUUAAAAUAACAAUAUUAAUAAUCAUCAUCUAAGUAAUUUUAUAAAACAUAAUUACACUUAGUUAUGCACAAACUUAUAUUUACUUGUCAUAAUGAAAAAUGCAUUUCUAACAUUAUAGUACUUGUCUACAUAUUCAACUUAUUAUAGUUUCAUUUGAUGAAGCAAAAACAAAAUGUGCAACAGCCAGAAAGAAACUGUCCAACACCACGACAACGGAGUAAACAAAUUCAUAUUUAGUGCUGGAACUAAACUCAUGGUGGAAGCAAGAGAUCAACAAAUUAUUAAAUUAAAUUAAAUGAUUAAAAAACCCUGUAAAACUCAUUAUACUACAAACUGUAUUUCAUCUACUCGGCUGAGUCGUUUUUGUAAUUACACAAUCUGUUGUGUGAAUUACAGCGACAACAAAAUCCUGUUUGGAUCAGGAUCAAAACUCGUCGUUGUGUUGAGGGAGGAUUACGAGCCGUCCUACUACAGACUGACGGAGGAGAACACCACGUUCUGCCUGGCAACCGGCUUCAGCAGAUACAACGCACUCAGCAGCAAGACGGACUCGUUGAACUGGUCGCAGGUCGUCCGGAUCUCAGGAGACUCUCUGUACAACAGUGUGGUUUUGUUUCCACACGGUGAAGAUGAAGAAAAAUGUCCUGAAAAGGACGGUCAGCCCCCGGCCUGUGUCGAGCUACUGAAGAAAGGUCCGACGGUGAACACCGUGUCGCUGGUCGUCCUGGGCCUCAGACUGCUCUUCAUCAAGACCGUCAUCUUCAACUUCCUGAUGACUCUGCGGCUGUGGAUCAGUCAAUGAUUCAGUUGAUCUUCACCGAGUCGCUGCUCAGCUUCAUGUCCGAGUCUCAAACGUCUGUAUCAUUUAUAAUAACAUGUAUAAAUAUCAUGUCAGCUGUUCACCAUACGUCUGUUAAUAUCGUCAUACUGUUGUGAUACAUUAAUGCAUGUAGUUUGUAUUAGUUUUGAGAUGUUUAAGGUUUUUAUUUUCUCAUAUUGUGAUUGAUGUUUUAGAUGAAUGAGUUUCUGCUGGUGUAAAUGUCACAGUCAUCGUCCUGUUCCACCAACUUACUUCUUAAACUUGUAACAUUUCCUGUGACGUCACAAUAAAAACUCAACAACAGA